GAGGAAAACUCAGAGGGAAGUGGCCUCUCACCAAAACCGUUUACGUUCUCAUUACUGGCCAGAUUGAAACUGCCACUCGGGGAAGAGAGGCCCAGACUCAGAACUCCCACCUGUGUGAGGCUGUGUUGUGAGAGGUCUCUGUUCAGAUCUGUCAUGCCGUGUGGCACUCUCAGCUACCUCCCAGAGCAGGACUGGAACAGCUGAAGGGCCCUGAAGUCCCUCAUGAAUCCCCGGAAGAAGGUGGACUUGAAACUUAUCAUUGUUGGUGCGCUUGGUGUGGGAAAGACCUCUCUCCUUCACCAAUAUGUACACAAAACAUUUUUUGAGGAAUACCAGACCACACUGGGGGCCAGCAUCCUCUCCAAAAUCAUCACACUGGAUGAUACAACUUUGAAGCUGCAGAUCUGGGACACAGGUGGCCAAGAGCGGUUCCGCUCAAUGGUAUCAACAUUCUACAAAGGUUCCGAUGGCUGUAUCCUGGCAUUUGAUGUUACCGAUCCAGAGUCCUUCGAAGCCCUGGAUAUCUGGAGGGAUGAUGUCCUGGCAAAGAUCAUCCCUAUGGAGGAGUCAUAUCCCAUGGUGGUGCUGGGGAACAAAAUCGAUCUGGAGGAUAGAAAGGUGCCCCAGGAGGUGGCCCACGAAUGGUGUAAAGAGAAGGAUAUGCCGUACUAUGAAGUUAGUGCGAAGAAUGACAUCAAUGUGGUACAAGCCUUUGAGGUUCUGGCCAGCCGGGCUCUGUUGAGGUACCAAGGCACCGCAGAGAAUCACCUUGUAGACUCCAUCAAGCUCUCUCCAGGCCAGCCAAGGAGCAGAUGCUGCUGACCCUGGACUCCUAGGGACUCCUGAUGACAACUGUGCAGGCCACCCAUGCCAAGCUCAAUCCCACCAGCCAGCACUCUGCUAAGAGGCGGAGCCACCACAGCAGGCGAGAAUGUCACAAGGCAAACCCUGGCCCUGGAGAAAUCACCAGAGUCUUGAUGACUCAAGCUCUUCUCUUUCUCCUCUCUGCCAACACAGCCCUGCUCAUCUCUACAGACAAGCUGCUCCCUUGAGCACUACAGGCCUACAGCUUUGGAUGGAGAUGCAGUUCUGAUUCCCUCAGCAGCCGGGACAUGGGCCGCUCCUAACAGGCAGAAGCCUACAGGCCUGACACUUCCCACAGCUUCUUCCAGGGAGAGCUGAGUGGGCAGGAUAAAAAAACAGUUGUCCCUGCUUCCUGUGUGUUCAAACAUCUCCCGUAACUGACCAGGCCUCAGUGUGCCCUCUGCCAAAUGAGGGUUCCCAAGGUUCCCCAUAUUCCAAUGUGAUUUGAGGACCAUAAGGUCUAUUUAAAUCCCACGUGCCAGUGUGGACACACAUGCUCACUCCUUCGGUGAGUAUUUUUUGAUGCACAUUGCACUGAAGUCUGGUGACACACAAGACAGGAGUCUUGCCCCCUUGCCCCCCCUUCCGGAGGCACACCUGGAGAGAGAGGGCCAGCAGGACAGAGGACAACAAUGAGGUGCUGUUUUAGACAAAGGUACCGAGAGGGCUUUCCUGUGACAGUGACAGUAUGAGCUACGGGAAGAGCACGUCAGGAGACGGAGCAGCAAGGCCAAGGCCCUGAGGCAAUGGACAGUGUGCUGCACUCCAUGGGAAAGGUCUUUCCCUGAGGACUCAAAGCUGCUGUCUCAGAGGAAAAAAGGCCAGGGAUUAUACUCUGUUCCCCAGAAGGUACCUUGAUCAUUUGAUGACUGGCCACCAGGGGGCAGAAGUGUCCUCUGCUUCCAGGCUGAGGAGUUCUGGGGACACUUGAAAAAGCUAGUGUUUGUGUCAAGAAAAUGGCUGAAGUUUGUUCCCAGGCUGUAGGAAUGUCAAACCUGGGCUAGUUGGUUAAUGAAUAACAAACAAACAAACAAACAAAUAAAUAAAUAAAAUAUCCUGGGCGAAAACUUCAGGAUCCUUGAUCCAGGCAACAAAGACUGAUCCCAGAGCGAGGUCCUUGGAGAGCUAUGGAUUCUGUGUCCUGUACAUUUCAAAGCUUGAACCUAUGUUUCUUCCGGCUUCACACAGCACAGAUAGGGUGGCCCAUUCUAAGGGAGGCAAACAGGAUGGCUUUUCAGGAUCUUCAAUGGUCAGGUUCAGACCUCAUGCCUUCCACAGACGUUCCUGUCUCCACAGAAGUCUUCUUUCCUGAGUUCCAAGCAGAUCAGAGGCAUUCAUCUCUAGGAAGCAACAGACUCCAAAUAUUUCAACCGCGGAGAGGCAGGCAGCCAGAGGGUACUAACCGGGGAAUCUGGGGGCCCUGUCUGCACCCACCUAACUCUGAAGUAUAAAACAACUCACCACCGGCCGCUGUCACAGGAACAGUGAGCCCUGUGCCCUUCAGAGGUGAGCACUGUGCCCCAUCACACACACGUGGGGCUUUCCUGGAAGUCAGACUGUGGAAGGAUGUGGGGGGUGGGGGGACGCAUCAGCGUCACGAUGAACAUAAGGACCAUAUCUAAAGGUACACAACAAAUAGUGUUUCCAUUGUUUUUAUACUUUGUGGGACAAUAGUCCCUCCCCUUGGUCUGUUGUGCCAGUCUCAUUUACCCAUGGUCAACUGUGGAUCAAAAAUAUUGAAUAGCAAAUCCCAGAAAUAAAUAACUUACGACUUUCAA